AUGUCUUACGCCGGAGAAACUGCAUAUAUCACAGGUGGUGCCAGCGGCAUUGGUCGUUUCUUGGCUGAGAGGCUCGUUAGCAAAGGAAUGAAAGUGGUGGUUUCUGACCGGAAUUUCAAAGGUGCAGAAGAAGUUGCCCAACAUUUGAACAAAAAUGGUCAAGUUGCUUGGGCUGCGCAGGUCGAUGUGGCAGACUGGGAUUCACAGAAACAAGCAUUUGAGACUGCUGUCGAAAAACUAAGCAGAAUCCACUACGUCUUCCCAGUCGCCGGUAUCACCGAACGGCUUUGGAUUCCCAAUGAACCAAGCGACGAUGGUUUCGUGAAACCUGAUCUGUCUGUGUUUGAUAUUAAUGGGACCGGAGCUCUGUAUACCUCUGCCCUAGCAACCCAGCAUUUCCGAGCUCAACAACCAAACAAGACUGGUAUUUCCAGUAACGAGUUCUACGACAAGAUCGAGGCGAAAGGGCUGCUGACACCUGUGGAGACUCUGUUGGGCGCGUUUGAAGAACUCCUGGGAGAUUGUACUACUUCUGGUGAAGCCAUCGAGAUUCUUCCUGGUGGUGGAGGCUCUAAAAUCAAGGAGCGUCCCGAAUAUACGAGUGAGGAGUGUAAAAUAAGCGUUGAGUUAGCUCAUGCGCGAUCUUACAAGGCUUUCUUCGGGACUUCUAGAGCUACUCAGUCCUAA